AUGUCUGAAGAAACCUUCACCGCCUAUGCCUGUCGCUCCAAGAGUGCUCCUCUUGAACCCAUGGAAAUGAACUUCUGUCACUGGGAUGACGAUAUGGUCCAAAUGGAUGUUAUCUGUUGUGGUGUCUGUGGUACUGAUGUCCACGUCAUUGAUGAAGGUUGGGGACCUACUGAAUUCCCUUGUGUUGUUGGUCACGAAAUCAUUGGUACUGUUACCAAGGUCGGUAAGAACGUUACCCGUAUCAAGGUUGGUGACCGUUGUGGUGUUGGUUGUCAAUCUGCUUCUUGCGGUAAGUGUGACUUCUGUAAGAAGGGUAUGGAAAACCUCUGUUCCACUCACGCUGUCUGGUCCUUCAACGAUCGUUAUGACAACGCUACCAAGGAUAAGACCUAUGGUGGUUUCGCCAAGAAGUGGAGAGGUAACCAAGAAUUCGUUGUCAAGAUCCCUGAUAACCUUUCCUCUGAAGUUGCUGCCUCUUUCCUCUGUGGUGGUGUCACUACCUAUGCUCCCUUGAAGCGUUACGGUGUCGGUAAGGGUUCCAAGGUUGCCGUUCUCGGUCUUGGUGGUCUUGGUCACUUUGGUGUCCAAUGGGCUAAGGCUAUGGGUGCCGAAGUUGUUGCCUUCGAUGUCAUCCCUGACAAGGUUGAAGAUGCCAAGAAGCUCGGUUGUGAUGACUACGUCCUCAUGCAAAAGGAAGAACAAAUGGAACCUCACUACAACACCUUCACUCACAUCUUGGCCACCAAGAUCGUCAACAAGUGUUGGGAUCAAUACUUCAAGAUGCUCAAGAACAACGGUGUCUUCAUUCAAUGUGAUAUUCCCGAAGUUCCUCUCUCUGGUAUCCCUGCCCUCGUCUUGGCUGGUAAGCAAUUGACCAUUGCCGGUACCUUCAUUGGUGCUCCCGCUGUCAUCCAAGAAUGUCUUGACUUCGCUGGUGCCCACAAUGUCCGCACCUGGGUCAACACCUUCCCCAUGGAAAAGAUCAACGAUGCUAUCCAAUUCGUCCGUGAUGGCAAGCCUCGUUACAGAGCUGUCGUUAUGAACUAA